AUGGAGAAUACGGCAAGACAAUCCUCCACCUCUGGCCCCUCAAGCGCUACGUCAAUGCCACAGACCUUUGAUAAAAUCCCCGAUGUCGAGUUGAAAUCAUCGUCGCAAAAUGGAGCCCCAUCAGGGUCGAGCGAACAAGCGAGCAGCGUCAAGGUUUCUCGAGACGGGGUGCUCAGAAAUCGUGCAGUUGAAGGAGAAACAAAUGCCAGCCCCCCAGCUUGCUCUUUGCCACCAGAAAAGGUAUUUUCAAUCCAGCUCGGGUCUGAGCUCUUUCGGCUCUCAGGCGCAUCAAUAGCCUCGGAUGCACCGUCAUAUUUUUCUCAAUUUUUUGAAGAGCAGCUUCGGCAGACUGAAAGCGGUGGAAACGUGAGGACGCUCUACAUCGACCGAGACCCAGCGACAUUCCGUGAGAUAUGUCGACAUCUCCAAGGAUAUCAUAUUCACCCACGUGAUGGCAUGGAGUAUGUAAAACUAUUUGCCGAUGCUCAAUUCUACAGUUUACCCCGACUGGUGUCACGACUAUUCGAAUCAGAGAUUUGUAUUCAGAUUGGAGACCGCGAUUUCCAGGUAUCCAGAGAUAUCUUUUCUGGUCCUGGUGACUCUCCGAAUUUUUUCAACCUAGGUUUUGCUAUAUUGUUUGCCACCCCAACGGAUGUUUUUCCAGGCUUACAGAGAUCGGGCUUGCUACGGCCGCCUUCAAUCAUUCCGCCUAGCGUGCCUGGUCGAUCGGGGGCUAUCUUUGCGCAACUCAUACACCUUCUGAGAGGUUACCCAGUGCAUAUCCAGAAUGAAAGCCACCGGCUUGAAUUACUACGCGAUUGUCGAUACUAUCAUUUAAGAGGCGUUGAACAAAGGUUGAUCCCUCAUCAUAUCAGUUAUAAUCCGGGACGAGAGCGUGAUGAAAUCCUUAUCCGAUUAAAUGACAUCCGCCAGUCUGGCAUUCAAGUCGUAAGUGAUGGCUCAUCACCCGAUGCGUCGACAUUUGCUGGGUGGGUGCAUUACGCAAGACCAUUCGUAGACGACAAUGUCUACGAAUUGGUGAUUGAGAUCGGGGGCCAAAGCACUAUCAUCGAUCUAAAUACAAUGCGCGCAGAAUUCCACGGUCUAGCCAAGGCACGAGUCAGCAGUUUGGUGCAGGUCAUCGCCAACAAGCUGAACCUACCCAAUAAAGCGCCUCUCGGGUUGAUGAUGAUGGCGGGCGCAAGCAAGACAUCGGCGAGCCCGGGCAACUCGCCGCUGAGUGAAGAUCGGCCUAAAAUCCGCAUUGACAAGGACGCCGAUAUCACUGUUGAUAACGAGGCGUACGUGCCUGGAAAUGAUGCCUUCGGCAGCCCAAUUGCAGAUGCAGACCUAGCUGGUGAGGAACCUCCCGCCAAACGCAAACGCAAAGAUGUAGCGGUAGAGCGUGGCCAGUGGAUGGUGCACAAUGGCCAGUGGCGGUUACGAGUGCAGCCAGACUCCUCGCGUCAACUAGAGAUAGUAUUUCACGCCGUCAAGUUGGACGUAUAUACGAGCCAGCGGGUGCGGAAUCGAAAACGGGCCUUUUUAGGAUGA